AUGACUAGAAUAUUUUUCAUGAUCUUCCUUUUGUUUGUGAGUCUGGGAGAAGCCAAGAAGUCAUUUCUCAGUUUUCUGGAUAUAAAGAUGGAGAUACUUUUUUUUGAAAAGACUGAAGAAACAGUCAUCAUCAGAUCAAAUUAUAAAGAUAAACAACCUAACUCCAGCUACCUUUUUGUGAAAUUACAAGACCCCAAAGUGCUCCAAGUGGUGAAUGUGACCAAGAUGACAUCGGAUGUUACAAACUUUACCAUAAACCUACUGAUACAUCAAGAAGGAGAGACAAAUCUGACCCUUCAACUCUGGGACUCUGAAGGUAGGCAAAAAAGACUAAUUGAAGAAAUAAAGAAUGUCAGAGUCAAAGUGCAGAAACUGAGCAAAGAGAGAUCUGUCCAGGCUCCGGUGCAUGUUAAUAGAAAUAUCCUAAUGCUGAUUCUACCCAUGAUCCUGUUAAAUAAGUGCGUUUUUGGUUGCAAGAUUGAAUUCCAGGUGCUUCAGUCAGUAUGGAGGAGACCUUUACCAGUAAUUAUUGGGGCAGUUACACAGUUUUUUCUUAUGCCAUUUUGUGGCUUUCUUUUGUCUCAGAUUUUGGCAUUGCCUGAGGCACAAGCUUUUGGGUUUAUUAUGACCUGUACAUGCCCAGGAGGGGGUGGUGGUUAUCUCUUUGCUCUGCUUCUAGAGGGAGAUGUCACUGUGGCCAUUUUGAUGACUUGCACAUCAACAUCAAUGGCCCUGAUAAUGAUGCCUAUCAAUUCUUAUAUAUACAGUAGGCUUUUAGGUUUAUCGGGUAUAUUUCAUAUUCCUGUCUUCAAAAUUGUGUCAACACUUCUGUUCAUACUUAUACCAGUAUCGGUGGGAAUAAUCAUCAAGAGGAGGGCACCUGCAAAAGCAAAUCUUUUAGAAAGAAUCAUCCGACCACUGAGUUUUCUUUUAAUGUUGAUAGGGAUUUGCUUGACUUUCCAGAUGGGAUCUGUGCUGCUAAAAUCAGCUCACCUAGAAGUGCUUCUUUUGGGUCUUUUAGUUCCUGCCUUAGGCUUGUUGCUUGGGUAUUCCUUCUCUAACCUGUGCAUGCUGCCCCUUCCUGUCUGUAAGACUGUUGCCUUUGAAAGUGGAAUGCAAAAUAGUUUCCUAGCCCUUGCCAUUAUACAGUUCUCUUUUUCACAGCCCGAGGCAAACUUUGCUUCUGUGGCUCCUUUUACUAUAGCCAUGUGUUCUGGCUGUGAAAUGUUACUCAUCCUUCUGAUCUACAGGGCUAAGAAAAGAGGUAUCUUUUUCUGA